AGCUGUUUUGUACGUUCUACAUUCUGAUCCGAGGAUCAGCUGGAGGCAGCAAUAAACCGAAGGAAAAUCUGCAGCGGAAAAAAUAGAGGAGAGGAGAAAAAAGCUGCAGAUGUUAUGAUCUAAAAACAUCAGUGUAACAUUUUUACACGAAGCCCUUCUUCUAAGAAGAAAGCGAUUUAUUUUUGUAUGUUUUAACUACCUCACUUAAAGAUUAAAGCUAUGCUUUAAGAAUUAUUGUUGUUUCUACUGUGUGUGAGAUCUCGUUUACAACUUGAAUAAUACUGCAAAGGCAGGCCUUUGCUCCAAACCAAGUGAAACCUUACAUUUGCACUACUGAAGCCUGUCCACUCCUGUUUAUCAAGACCGAGAUCCAGCAAAGGGCUUCAAGUGAAAAAAAGAGACAAAAAAAACAAAGAAUUGCUUAAAAAAGCAACACGCGAUACCUAAACACAAAUAAGAAAUUCAAAAAGGCAGCUACAGCUUUUUCUUUGUGGAAAACAAGAAGUCAUCCAGACUUGACAAAACAAGCAGUCAUGUUUCAGCGUUUGAGCAACCUGUUGUUUGGGGAGGUAGAAGAGGUGGAAGCUGAGCUGAAGGGACCCAACCCCUGUGUGACGGAGGCCGACGAAGAGGGAUGGAUGCUCGUCAACCUGCCUGAAGAAUCUGACUACAUGGUGCAGGCGGAGGAUGAGACAGGAGCCCCACUGAUUACACAAUCAUUCCCAGACAGUAACUUAUCAAAUCAUCAAGUCACACAUACAAGGACUGUAUGCCCGGCCCCCAUUCCCCACCCCCCUCACAAGCGCCGCAGGACACAUAAAGGUCGGGCACGAGGUGCAGUAGCACUAUCAGACCCCAUGUCUUGUCCAAGCGCUAGUCCGUCAGAUUCGGGUGCCACCACACCUGUGACCCUGCCGAGACGGGCCAGACUAUCCACGUCCUCCUCCACCCCGUCAUUGUCCCCUGGCUCUGGAAGUGAGUGUGGGGGCAGUGGGGGUAGAAGUAGGGCAGGUCCAGAGAGAGGCUGCAUGGAUGAGAGCUGGUUUGUCACCCCUCCCCCCUGUUUCACUGCAGAGGGAGCCACAGCAGAGGCCAGCCCGAUGGAGGACCUACUCAUCGAGCACCCCAGCAUGUCUGUGUACGUCUCACCGAGCAACUUCUCCAUGGUCUCCAACAGCAACCUGUCUGUGGUGGGAGAGGAAAGCAUUGUCAGCCUGGCGAGCAGCGUGAGUAGAGUGGCAGAACCAGCUGCUGCCCCCGCCAGCCGCAGCACUAUGCCCACCAGGGUGAGCCGUGGAGCAGCUGCCCAGGCUGGAGCUCUGGCCAAGGUCACCCAAGUGGCCAGGGUCCAGCGUAACAAAGCCCGCAUCGAGCGACGCCAUCUGGGCCGUAACCGCAUCCAACGCCAAAACCGCACCAGGGAGCAGGUCCCGCGCCACGCAGCCCACGCCAGAAACACCUUCCUUCACCAGCCCAGCAAGCGUAACAUCUGCCACUAAACCUCCCACCAACCAGGGGCAUUGUUUACUCUGAGGGCAUUAGUAGUGCAUAGUCAACUCCAAGACACACACGAUUAAAUGUAUUCACCCACUGCAUAUUUGCUUUCAUUUCUGCACAUUAUAUCAUAUUAUACUCAGAUACCAGUUGACCAGCUUUUUGUUUUGGUCUAGUAGUCACAAACUAACUCCACCUGAUAGUUAUGCCCCGUUCUGCUGUUAUGAACCAAGCCCUCUGAGUAGUUCCAUGUAGACCUUCAUUUUACUUGUUGUCUAUUGCAGUAUCCAAACAACUAAAAAUGUCUUCAUAAUAUCGAUACUGGUUAUACUUAAAAACAAUAAUGUCUGAGAAAACAACAAAAAGUUUAGCUCUAUUGAUUUUUUCUCCUAUCUAAGUAAAAUAUUAUUUUCUUUCACUCUUCCUCAAGGCAUGUUUUUUAAAUAAUUAAAUAAUUUAAUCCCUAAACUACUGUUUUAAAUUUGGAGAUAAUGAUUUGAAAUUUCAAACACCAAGUGUACUUUAAGACGUUUCUGUUGGAAACCAUGCAAGACAGAGACAAGUUAAUUCAUCAUGUAUUCAAAAGCUUUACUACACAGGUGAUUCAUUUUUUCAGAAAAGGUGGAAGGAUAUACCGUUUGUGACGAGUGGGAGAGGAAAAUCAUUAGACUUUGUUUCUCUUCAGUUUGGUCUGUCAACAUGUAAAGUAAAAGACAAAGGCAAGGAAACAUGGAGCAACCUGUUUCAUCAUAGGAAACAAAUUGAUAUUUCUGUCUUCUCACUUUGUGAAGGAUGAGAGAAAGUAGAAGAUGGCGAGAGAGCAAAACAGACUAAAGAGUAAAAGUAAUGUCAUGAAUUAUAACUAGACGUUAAAAAGAAUGUGGUUAACAUGAAACAGUCAUAGGAAAGUGUUAUGUAACCCUGUGAGCAGCCUGUGAGCAUUUAGAAAAUUAUUUUCUGUGUUGCUCUGGGUAAAGAAUAAGGCUAACCCUUUUUGUGAACAUGAAGAUUGGUGUUAUGAGCACCUUUAAUAUAUACAUAAAUAGAAAAAUGUAUAAGAAGUAUGAAUGGAGUUCAAGUGAAAGGAUACAGGGCUUGCCUUUGGGUUACAGGGUAUGGCAGGUUAUAGUAAGUGCAGUGCGGUAUUGAUGGCAACUCUUUAUUUUGUUUUGUGGCAUUGUUUUCUGCUCCUUUUGUCCAUUAAAUCAAACAUUAUUUUACAGUCUCUCUCUCUGCAUGGUUCCACCAUAGACAGAAAAAAAGCUUGUUCCUCUCAGACAAAGAGAAAGUACACUUUUGGCUUUUAAGACCAACAAAUAAUUAAAAAAAAU